AUGGAUCCUAUUAUCAACUUAUCUAUUGAACUUUUACCUGAAUUUGGUUUUAAUACACACAAUGAGCCUGUGUUCGGACCAGGUUCUGUCUUUCAAGGCAUUGUUCAUCUUCGCAUGAAAGAAUCACCUAUUGCUGCUGAUCGACUGGUCCUUACAUUUCGAGGAGCAGAACAUGCUACAGCUAUUCAUGAUGGCAUCAAAUUCUUAGUGCCAUUAAUCAAGAACCCAUUCUUUGGUAUGCAACAAACCCUUUGGCAAAGAACAAGGGACGACUGCUUAUUAUCAGAACCCCAUUAUCAGUUUCCAUUCACUAUCCAGAUGCCUAUGACUCAAUUUCCUCCUUCUAUGGAACAUGCACUCUACCAAUGUCGCUUUGAUCUAUCAGCCAAGUUAAUCCGUACCACUUUUACUUUACCUACUGUCAUGACACAAAGAACCAUUCAGUAUAUGCCAUUUAUUGAGACGAGUCUAUUGAAACAACCUGUGAUAGAAGAAGGACAUGGGCAUGGAUUAGACGUGUCUGUCAGGCUGUGUUCACUUGCUUAUGUGCCUGGUGAUACGAUACCCAUCACAGUGGUCACUUCAUGUCGCCCAAAGAAACAAACAAAAGAUCAACCUGCUGAAGUGAAUUCGAUCUUGCUUGAAUUGUGUGAAACAGUCAGGCUAGUACCCAACAAAGCCAUUUCUGUCACACGUACUGUUGCAUCUCACUUGCAUAAACCAUACAAAUAUGCGAUUGUUCAGACACCGUUGGGUAAAGGUGCAGAAUAUCAUGUCUGCCUCAAAUUACCUGUGGAGUUGACACCUUCUGUUAAUUAUUCUAAAGUGGUUCAACUGUCUUAUACACUACGGAUCCACAUCAAGAGUAGUCGAGGUGUAUUUUUAAGCCCUCUUUUUCAUGCCACAGUAGAUAUGGAACUCGCUUUAAAGAUAGGCACACUGGGUUAUGGUAUCAGGGCUUCACAAGACUUGAAAAUGUACGAUAAUAUGAAGAAUCAUUACCACUGUAUGAAUCAAGCAAAUUACCAUCUUAUAGAUUAA